UGCUGAAGGCAGGGGGUGCUCUUUUCGGCAUAACACCGGAUCCAGGAAGUGUUUGCUAUUUGCUAACAUCCACUCUGAGUUGUUCAGUGUUUAUAUUUGCUCAGUGGCAUAAAUAUGGGGUCAUUUUCAAGCGCGACGGUGCAGAGAAACAGGGAAGAAUCAGCUGGAAGCAGAUCUAGAAUUCACCUUUGACCUGCAGUGGGGUGCUGUGUAGAACAACAUGUUGGUGACAGCGUAUUUUGCUAUAAUUGUGUUGCUGGCUGUCUGUGUUGGCCUGGAGCUCACAGCACGCCGCUUCACACCGCCCCAGUCUGCUACUGCUGUGGCCAACCCAGUUUUUCGCCAGUUUCAGAAAAUAUUCCUCCGAGCGUACCUUUUGGCUUUGUGGGCAGACUGGCUCCAGGGCCCUUACCUGUACAAACUGUACCGUCACUACAGCUUCCUGGAAUCCCAAAUAGCCAUUUUAUAUGUGUGUGGUUUGGCUUCCUGUGUUCUGUUUGCUCCUUUUUCAGACUGGCUGCUCCAAGCUUUGGGCCGCAGACAAACAUGUCUCCUAUUCUGUGUUUCCUACUCUGCCUGUUGUCUCACUAAGCUUUCCAGAGAUUAUUUUGUUCUGAUUGUGGGCCGUAUUCUGGGUGGUCUCUCAAUAUCUCUGCUCACCACUACGUUUGAAGCCUGGUAUGUGCACCGACACGUGGAAGUCCAUGAUUUCCCAAAGGAAUGGAUCCCCAGCACCUUCGGCAAAGCUGCUACCUGGAAUCACGGCCUCGCUGUUGCAGCUGGACUGGUGGCUAACUUGCUGGCUGAAUGGCUCCACUUGGGGCCAGUGGCUCCAUUUCUGCUGGCUGUCCCCUGCCUGGCCUGCUGUGGCUGGGUGAUUCUUACAGACUGGGGAAAGGAAGAAGCUGAAGGAGGUCCUGAAGGGGACAAACGGACUCUGCUACUUGGAAGUCCAAAUGGAGGUGUGGCCUGUUUGUCUACGACAGGUCGAUUCUCACGCAGCUGCUCAGAGGGGCUGCGUUGCCUGCUGUUAGAUCGGAGAGUUCUGCUCUUGGGUGGAGUGCAAGCUAUGUUUGAGAGUGUCUUAUACAUUUUUGUUUUUCUGUGGACACCAGUACUGGACCCUCAUGGGCCUCCUUUAGGAAUAGUGUUUUCCUGUCUGAUGGCAGCUAGCAUGAUUGGCUCCUUGCUGUACCGGCUGGCCACCUCCUCUCGUUACCAUCUCCAGCCUGGUCACGUGCUCUGCCUUGCUGUGCUGAUGGCCUUCUUCUCGUUUUUCAUGCUCACUUUUUCCACUGCUCCAGGCCAGCCCAGACCUCAUGAAUCCUUCCUGGCUUUCCUGCUGCUGGAGCUGGCCUGUGGUCUGUAUUUCCCUGCAGUUAGCUUUUUGCAGAGCAGGGUAAUCCCAGAGGACAAGCGCUCUGGGGUGCUAGCCUGGUUCCGCCUGCCUCUGCACCUGCUGGCCUGCCUUGGACUACUGGCGCUCCACGGAGAAGUCUCAGGAACAGGUGGAGGGGAAGGUGGAGGCGGCACCAGACACAUGUUUGGAGGCUGUGCUGUUAUGAUGCUGGCAGCUCUGAUGGCCGUCGUCAGUCUUUUCACCCUGGGCAGAAACGACACCGACCUCAGACUGGAGGGCAGUAGAGGGGAGGGGGAGAUGUAGUGAAACUUGUUAAGCCACACCUACAUUUCUGAUUGUGUUGCUGAAAAUGAAAGCAUGUUUUGAACUGGAGUACACUUUAAACCACAGAAUGACAAGAAAUAGAAAUCAGCAAGGGGAACUUGGAAAAAUCAAGUUAGUUUAUUUCCUGGGUUUUUUCUCUUUAAUGUUAUUUCUGAGAGUUUAUACCCUGAUUUGUGUAUGAGAGGUUUUAGGGAUGUGGCCAUAUAAACUCAGAUUACCUAAACUGCUGAAAUAUUUCAUAACCAUUCCAUAAAGGAUUCCAGAUUACUUGUAAUUCCCUCAGUAUGUCCACCUGUGUGAACGUGAUAUGAAGCAUUUACAUGUUUUGUUUAAAAAAAAACUGAAAACCGUUUAAGAUUUACUUUAAAACUGGAAUUAAAAUCCAAAGGAACAAUG